UCAAUCUGUGUAAUGAGGUCCCGACUUCUCACUUCGCUUCUGAGAUAACUUGACUUGCUUGAUUGAGGUUCGUAUAACCCACGAAUCCCGUUUUCAUCGGCUCUUACGUGACAUGUGUCUUGCUGGUUCUUUAGGGAAUUCACUGUGCUCUAUAUAUCUACCUCGGUACGUACUAUCUUGUGCCAGAUCUCAACGAUCGUCAAAGUUCUGGAAUGAAGUGAAGACUAAUCACGUGACACAGCUGAGCACGUGAUGCAGAAGCCAACCUUGAUCGCUCUAUAUCGGGGCCCCUGGCGCACCCUGAAUGAAUGUAAAUAGAGAUUGAAUUAAAAAAGCAUACAUAUGGUACGUUGAGAGGUUGUCUAACAGUAUUUCAGGAGUGGAAAGCGCGUCGAUGCCCUCAUGCUUGUCUUGCCCCUGCCAAGCCCCGGAUGUGGGCUUUCAUCUCAUCUUAGUUUAGCUCGCUUGGCGAAACCGAAAACUUUCCGACCGCGACAGCCCCGUUGCACGUUCUUUGACGCUACAUUGCCGACGACGCGACGAAUCUUCCACCACCGAGUACGUGAGACCUUCCAAUAUGGAGAACCUGGAUUUCGACCCGGAAGCUUCCAUAACAGUCGCCACGGGGCGUCCCUUGAUACAGGACCUGGAAGAUUCCAUAACGGUCGCCACGGGGCGUCCCUUGAUACAGGACCCGGAAGAUUCCAUAACAGUCGCUACGGGGCCUUCCUUGAUACAGGACCCGGAAGAUUCCAUAAGGGUCGCCGUGGGACCUUCUUUGAUACAGGACACUAGAACACCGCCUAGAAACACUCGUCAGGACUGCGUGGCUUGCAUGGAUAUCGGUCGCAUAUGCGACCGAGAACUUCCAAGCUGCAGUCAAUGUGUUACUUCCAACGCCAGAUGUAGGCCUCGCUUACAGCCAGUAUUGAGAAUGAGCGCCCUCACCCGGAGAAGUGUUACACCCGACGUACGAUCCACUUCUGCAAUACCAAGCGCACACGAGCCAAACAACCACGAGCCCAGCCCCCAGGAGUCAACUCUACCACACGCAAGCCAUCAACCAUCCCUUGGAACCAACCGACUUGAACCGAUCACGAUCCCCUCAAGCCCUCCCCCGGACCAAGACCCAGAAUUCCAACCAUCACAUGGAACCGACCCACUUGUACCGAUCAUAAUCCCUUCAAGUCCUCCCCCGGACCAAGAUCUGGGCUCUGAGUUCCGACUACCACCAGGUCAUCAACAAGUACUGGCCACGAUGCCUUUGCUAUUUCCCAUCCCCUAUCAAAUCUUCUGGACUGAAUAUCUUUACCCUGAAUACUCGGAAAACGAUCACAUCCGUGGCAUGCUUCGCGCCAUUGGCGAGAUGUACCGCGCAAUUCCGAUGAGUAUGUCACGUGAUGAACGCGUCCGUGCGGAAGGGUGUGACUUGAAGACAACUGCCGUCAACACGUAUAGGCAUACACUCGAAGCGUUAGGGCGCAGUGCAAAUGAAGGAAAGGAAGAUAUGGGCCUGUUUGUGAUCACCAUUUGCUUGAAUUCCUACUUCGAGUCUUUGAGUGGGAACAUACCUGCGUUCAUCGGUCGUAUGCACUCCGUCCAUCAUUACUUCAAGAUGUAUAACACCUUGAUUCUUCAUCGCUCUAAUGAGUAUCGGAAAGAUACCAGAGGUAUGUAUCCAGUGCAAGAUUGUCUUCGAUCUCUGGAUCGAAUUUGUUAUGUUGCUCUACCUUUAGAUAGGAUCCAUGUUGACAGUAAGUUGAUCUUGAGUGAAUACAAUUCCCAUCACAGAGGACAGAACUCUGGUGAGUCAAGGGACUUCAUAUCACUCCGAAGUCUCGUGAGUAUAAUCUUUGAAGACGAGAAAAUCAGGCGACUUGUGUGGAGUCCAACCGCCAUUUACACCCAGGAGACGCCGUUGGACUCCAUUUACUCUGUUGAGGAAAAGCUUGAGCAAUGGAAGCGUCUUUAUCUAGAUCUGAUCCCGGAACUGGAUACCGAUGCCGCGCUCGCUAUUCUACUUGAUUAUCCAGAUCACCAAGCACCAAGGCUCGUCAUGCCGCCGUCACGGUACCGAUCCACCACUCCACACACAUCACUCGCAGCCUUACAUUUCAAUUUCUACGUUGCCCGCCUGAAGCUGGCGUUAGUGCUUCUUGGUGUCGACCCUACGAGAAACAAGAUGCAGACCAAUUUCUACUUGUACGAGACCCUCAAGCACGCUGCAUCUCAUGUGACACGUGGCCCAUGGGAUGCACUCCAAGUCGGAGUUCUACCUAUCCUGCACAUUGUCGGUCUCUGCAGCCCUCGACCGUCUUGGGUCGAGUGGAUCAAAAAAGCCUGCCGCAGCAAAUCCACAGAAGGCAUUUUCAACGGUCACGCAUUUGCUACGAACUUGGAGAGCCUACAUCUGAUGGAGGGAAACAGGAAAAGUGCGUCUCUUUUGAGAGCGGAUGAGUAUCCAGACCCUACGAAACGGGUUAUCUGUGAAUUCGUCCCCGAGUUGGAUGGACACCAUUUCAUCUCCUUCUUUGCAGCCCCCAUUCCCGAUCUUGAAGCACAACAGGAAAGACGAGGAGGGUACCGUACAAUUGGCCAUACUCGAUGGCGUUACCUCCAUGAUGAAGAUGGAUCUUACACGCCAACCUGGCCUCUCUGGAGAAUGUAUAAGGAGCCUUUUUCGGAGGAAUGGAUCUACAGCACCGAGGCAGCACAGAGUUGGCUGCAGCAUGCUAGACAGAAGAUGUUUUCUCUUACGCGCGCCAUGGAAGAGCAUAUGCGUGGAUCAGAAAUAUUGUAG